GGGAUGAUGGUGGACGGGGCGGAGCGACGCAGGGACGACGAGCGCAGAGAGAUAAACCCACUCUGAAAGCACCAGGGUCGGGGACAAAAAUAGUGAAACCCGCCGUCCCGCUUUCACCGAGCAUUGUUUAUAUUUCAUCGCUUCAUCAAAGAGAGGGAGGCCAGCCCAAGAUGAACGGCGAGUCAGGUGCCGGGGUGGUGACGGCUCCCCCUCCCACCACAGCCCCCCACAAGGAGCGGUACUUCGACCGGGUGGACGAGAGCAACCCAGACUACCAGAGGGAGAGAAACAUGGCACCCGACCUGCGACAGGACUUCAACAUGAUGGAACAGAGAAAGAGGGUCUCCAUGAUACUACAGAGCCCGGCAUUCUGCGAUGAGCUGGAGACAAUGAUCCAGGAUCAGCUGAAGAAGGGCAAGACGCCCACUAGCCUGUUGGCUCUGCAGCAGAUCGCAGACUUCAUGACCACCAGCAUGCCUUCUAUGUAUCCCGCUGCACCACAAGGAGGCAUGGCGGCGCUCAACAUGAGUUUGGGCAUGGUGACGCCAGUGAAUGAUCUGCGUGGCUCAGACUCUAUUUCCUAUGACAAAGGCGAGAAGCUGCUUCGCUGCAAGCUGGCUGCCUUUUAUCGGCUCACUGACUUGUUCGGCUGGUCGCAGCUCAUCUACAACCACCUUUCAGUCAGGGUGAACUCAGACCAGGAGCGCUUCCUAAUUGUCCCUUUUGGGCUGCUGUACAGUGAAGUCACCGCCUCCAGUCUGGUGAAGAUCAACCUUCAAGGUGAGAUAGUGGACCGGGGCAGCACCAAUCUCGGGGUGAACCAGGCCGGCUUCGUCCUACACGCUGCAAUCUAUGCUGCACGGCCUGAUGUCAAGUGUAUUGUACAUAUACACACACCUGCAGGUGCCGCGGUAUCAGCCAUGAAAUGUGGCCUGUUGCCCAUCUCACCUGAGGCAUUGUCCCUGGGCGAAGUGGCCUAUCACGACUACUAUGGCAUACUAGUGGAUGAGGAAGAAAGUGUUCUCAUACAGAGGAACCUUGGGCCAAACAGCAAGGUGCUCAUCCUGAGAAACCACGGCUUGGUGUCUGUAGGCGAAACAGUGGAGGAAGCUUUCUAUUACAUCCACAAUCUGGUCACCGCCUGUGAGAUUCAGGUGCGAACACUGGCCAGCGCUGGAGGACCAGAUAAUCUGGUGAUGCUGGAUCCGGGGAAAUACAAAGCACGGCCACGAGUCCCGGAGCCAGCGGGCGACGGGUCCUCUGCACAUCCCAAGUGGCAAGUCGGGGAGCAGGAGUUUGAGGCUCUCAUGAGAAUGCUCGACAACUUGGGUUACAGGACGGGCUACCCUUACCGCUGCCCGGCAUUGCGAGACAAAGCUAAAAAGUACAGUGACGCGGAGAUCGCUUCCUCUGCCCAUGGUGGUUACUCAUACGGCGAGGACAGUGACUCAGGCGCUCGCUCCCCACUGAAACACAGCUUCCAGCGCGGCCAGCGCGACAAGACCCGCUGGGUCAAUGCCAGCGAGCCCUGCGAGGACGGGCCCGACGGCAGCAGCCCCAAGUCGAAGCCUAAGGUGUGGACGAACAUAACACACGAUCACGUCAAACCCUUGCUGCAGUCUCUCUCGUCUGGUGUCUGCGUGCCAAGCUGUAUAACCAACUGCUUGUGGUCAAAAGAAGACGGACUCCGCCAGGCUGCUGUAGCCAAUCAGUUCAUCCCAAUGAACACCAACCCAAAAGACGUCCUGGAAAUGAGGAAUAAGAUCCGGGAGCAGAACCUGCAGGACAUAAAGACAGCAGGGCCCCAGUCUCAGGUUCUGUGUGCCAGCACCGUGGUGGAACGUUCCUUUAACCAGAGAUUGACAAUCUGGCAGGACGCCCCUCUGUCUGACUGUACAGACACUAUUGAUGGCCUCGAUGUGUCCGAGGGGUCCUAUAGUCCUGCUAAAUCAUUUAGAAAGGGGGAGCUGGUGACCGCAUCCAAGGCCAUCAUCGAAAAGGAGUACCAGCCCAAGGUUAUCGUCAGCAAGCAGGGUCCCAACCCCUUCACCAAACUCACCGACCAGGAGCUGGAGGCAUACCGCAAGGAGGUGGAGCAGAAACAGAAAGGCCCUGAAGUGCAGGGCCGAGAUGAUAGUAAGGAGGGAUCGGCCUCCAGCGUACCUUGUUCUGAGCCUGAAAUGCUACUGGGGGAUCAAGACUCCACACCUCUGCAUUCACCCACCUUCUUGAAAGCCCCACCUGCCCCAACUGCCACGCCGGCUACACCGGCCUCUGAGCAGGACUCCUCUUCCUGCCGCCUCUCCAGCGGGGCUGAGCCAGUCCAGGUUGGAGCAGGCUCUGCGGAGACUGUUGUGGACGAUGUUUUUUCCAGCACAGACGAGGUUCUUUCAGCUCCAGACUCCCCGCAUAAGGAGUUCCACUGCGCCGUGCUGCGAGCCCUCAGCAAGGAGUCUUCAAUGGUAGAUGCGGCUAAGGCAGAUCAGGCUCCAGACCUGGAGGUAGAGCAAGUAGAGCCUGAGGAGGAGCCCAAAGACCAGAAACCCACCACCACGCCACCCAGCACCCCGAUCAGAGCAGAAGAAGAGUCCUUGCCAGAACAGUCCUAUAAAGAUGAGAGUGACGCAGCCACCCUGAGACAGACCCUUCCAGAUCUAACACCUGAUGACCCCUCCGAUGCCCCAGCACUUCCUGCCGAAGACUCCGCCUCUGCCCCUGCCGCCGCAGACGCAGACGCAGCUGAGGGGGAGGAACCCGCUGACACUGGCGACCAGGACGGUGAAGAGUCUCCCAGCAAAUCACCGUCCAAAAAGAAAAAGAAGUUCCGCACUCCUUCCUUCCUAAAGAAAAACAAAAAAAAGACAGAGUCCUAGAUUGGUGAAUGUCGGAUCGGUCCUCAAGGCUGGCCUCUGCCUCUUUUCAUUUUCGCUUUUUGUCUGCUAUCAUUGCACCCUUCGAGCAAAGCCACAGUUACACACAGUUACGCUUUUUGUUGUUUUUGAUAUCAUUUGUCGCUGGCUUAUUAACCUAUUUUUCCUCGUUAGUGUGUGCCAAUUUUGUAUACAGUGUAAAAAUGAUUGAUUGCAUAAAGGUUUUUAAUUAUUAGAGGCUUUUAGUUGUGAGUGCAUUGUCUUGUCCACUCCAUCUGGCCUUUUAUGCAUGUCUAUUACUACAGGCCCACACACUUGAUGUGAGGUUUUAGGGUUUUAUCGCCCUCCUUUUUUUAAAAAGAGUAUUGCUAAACUGUUGUAACCACUAGAAUGUAUUGGGAUUGUAUCAAAAAAAAAAAUGUCCAAGUGUCUUUUAAAAAUAAUGAAUGCUGAAAGAAAUGCUUGUACCGUCUCAUUUCUGACAGUACGAAAUACAAAUUGCAUAGUGCUAAUUUUACCUCUGAAGCUGUGCACUGAUGUAAUUACAUGUUAGCAGGCCAGAAGAACUACAGUUGGAAAAUGCAGUCACACAAAAUCCAUGUUGAUGUCUCCCAUUAAUCCAAUAUUUUGAUUAAAUCGUCCACAUACAAGCUAAAUCAUACAAUCUGGGUGUUUUGUUGACUUUCUUUUUAAAACUCAAAAUCCCACAAUCAUUCAUCACAGCCUUAACUUACAGGUAUGUUGUAUAGUGCGUCAGAGCUUUAUAUUAUUUGGAAGUUUCAGUGUGGUUCAAGACAAAGCGUCAGUCGUCCCGUAAGUGUUGGCAAGCGAUUGUGCUUGUUGAUUACUCCAUGGGUUUGAUCAUGUAUUUGCUCCUGGCUGUAAGUCGUUGAUAUGAAGGAAUGUGUUUAAAAAAACAACUCAGUUUAUGUUUUUCAUUUAUUCUAAUUAUUUGAGCCUGUCUUUGUUUUGCUCCCUCUCUCCCUGUCUAAAAACAGACAGAUAUGCUACAUAUUGUGAGUUUACAUAUUUCAUUCAUGUAAUUUUUUCUUUCUUUUUUUUUAUCUUCUUGCGCUUUUUCUCACAAUAUAGAUUGAGCUAUGAUUGCUUGCUGUGAGAGAGCACUGUGAACCUCCUCUUUUUAUAAACCACUGUCUGGGAACUCAUACCACAUGUUGCAUUUAGAUAGUCACAAUCAGUCAUCGUAAAUAUAGAUACAGUUGUUACAGAACGUGUAUAUGACAGUGUCACUGUUAUGAAGCUGCAUGAUCAAUCAUAUUUCAGAGCUUUUGAACCUGGUUAUUCCUGUGUAAAACUCCACUUUGAGCAAAUAGACUUCAUCAUAAAUACUUGUGUGUUUCCAGUUGCGGUAAAGACACGGUGUACACUGGAGAAGCUUUUUUUUUUUUUUAUGUCACUGAUAUAUAAUCAAUGGUAUGAUGGCAAAUGAGCUGUGCUUAAGGUUGCAGGGCAUUAAUAACGAGACCAUCUCUACGCAUUGUAUUCAUCCUGUUUUAGUAAAAGGUUAAUCCUCAGUCUAAGUCACGGUGAACCAAAAGGCAAAAAUAAAAGAAGCUUCACAUAACCUGAGACGCUUAAUAAACCUUCGCCUUUGUUCACAACAGGUGGUGUAUCUACAUCUUUACAUACACAGACUGUCUAACUCACGAAUGACUGCAUGUGUAGAGUGCUUAAAGUGUGCGCUGUCCUUUUUAAAUAACUAACUACCCCUAAUUAUAUUUUAAUUUUAGCUAUAGGUUGCCUUGUAGUCAUGGUUUUCAUUUGAGUCAACCAUAGAUUUUGUUUUUAAUCUCACAGCUACGCUGAUUUGUAUUCUCUUCCAACUUAAAUGUGUCAUCAUUAUAUCAUCUACAGACUUAAUACUUCCACCCAUGUUUUCUCAUGGUUCUGCCUCUUUUACAACCAUGAAUAAAAAACACUACCGUGAAA